GAUAAUUUGCCAGUCAUAGAUGGUGUACCUCCGAUCCGUCAGAUCUUAAGACCUAUUGGUCAGCUAGAAGCUUUCGUGCAAAACAUGGCUGCAGAUGUUCAAGGUGGCGUCCUGCCAAAUGUGUCUGCGUCGACCGGUGUGUAUACCGGUCCAACUCUUGUGGACCCUGAUCAAAAGGACGCCAUCCCGGUUGGUGGAAGUGAUUCAUUGCCUCAGUCAGCCUCUUGUGCGACUGUGGUCAGUCCAUCAUCCUCACCGGUACUCUCACAUAAACGUCGUACACCCGGUUCUCCUUUUGAUGCACCAUCUUCGAUGCCUUCUGAUGCUUCAGUCAGUACCAAAGACAGUUCCCCAAGUAGCAUGGUCUCGUCCGAGGCGUUACAAAGUCCGGCUAAACGAAGACGCAUAGUAAACGUGCAUGGCUCUGAAACAACAGUGUUAGGAACAGAAGCCGCUUCCACUUUUCCGAACUCUCUGAAUGAUUCACCACCAAUAAUUGUGUGCAACCCACUCUCCACUGGGAAUCGUGAUCGGGAUUCGGGUGAGUGUUUACCAUGUGACCCCUCAAAUACAACCGGCGGGUCAAGCUCCGAAGCUACUGGUUCUACCGAUUCAUCAGACACAGUUUCAACGGAAUCGGAAAACUUGCUUAGUUCUAGUGGAACUAACACAGUUCGGAUUGACAUGGAGACUGGUGAGGAAGAAGAUGAAGAAGAAAAUGGAGACAUGAAUCAGGAACGUGUCGAGGCGCAGCCGGAACUUCAAAGCACAGAAAGUUCGACAAUCGUCUCUGGUUCAGACUGUACAGAGCGACAACAGUCCCUGGAUGAGCAGUCAAGAUAA